CUGCGCUCUAAUCAACAUUGUAGCUUACAUUAUAGUGUUUCACUUAUUAACCAACCUUGAGAAAACAAACCUCCAAUGACGGGUUAUUAUUUCGCUAAAGGCGCAUUUGCUUUCAGCCCUGCCGAACUGGAUGAACGGUGCGUAAUGCGCGUAGAGGGGAUCGAAACGCACUGCAUGUACCAUAAUGCCAGCUAAAGAUCCUCUCAUUGAGAAGCUUAAAGUGUGCAUUCUGAAUUUGAAGUGUGAGGGCACAGUGACAGACUCCAGCGCACACCUGGUGUCCUGCUGUGAACUCCUGGAGCUUAUAUUGCGAAAGGGACUUCAGCAGCCUGUUCUGAGUUUGGCACAUAGAGAUUACUGGCAGUGUUUUAAACAGCUAAUACAGCACGACACAUGUGGCCGGCUGAGUUCAGUCUCUUUGGCAGUGCAACAGACAGCAGCCUGCAGCAAGAUUAUUACCUCUCAGGGCCGAGGACGCUUCUUUAUACGGCUGAUGCUGAUGAAAAGAACUCUGGGAAAUGUAGUAAAACAUCUACUCCACACAAACAGAGUGAUCGAGUGGUAUAGCCCCAACGUUGCUAUAUUAAGAAAUGAAGAGUUUGUAGAACCAUUUAUCUCACUGUCUAUGGUAUUGUCAGAAAUGGAGUUUAAGCUCAAUAUUGAGAAUUGCAGCUUCCUGGAUGAAAGCUGGCUGCUUCCGGUGUGUCAAAUCUAUGAAGCCGUUCCAUGCCAGGAGUUGGGCAUGGUGCUCAGGUACCUCAAUGGACGUGUUUUUGUGCUUGACCUGCUGAAGGGCAGUCAAGCACAGGCGGACAUGUUUGUAGAGCCUGGUGACAUCAUUGAUGAAAUCAAUGGAAUAUCUCUGAGGAAUGCCAGCAAUGGACAGGCAGGUGUGGUUUUCUCUAAGCUGAAGGGUCAGCCUCUUUCCAUUCGGUUGAUACGAUGGAGAGCAGAAAAUGGGUCCAUCUAUCAACCUUUGGUUAAACACUUACAGCAGCUUAAAGAGGAAAACACAUCACUUCAAUUCGGCCCGAAAUCGAUGUCUCAUAAAACCGUGGGUCAGAAAAGAGGGCAAACGCCCUGUGUAAAAGAUGGCAGGAUCCUGUAUGCUGUGCAGCUCUUAGGAAAAGCAAACAUAGGAAUGUAUGGAGGUAAAGAGGUUUUGCAGCACGCCAUUCCUGUUGUCCUGGAGUGCAAGCAGGAUAGAAAGGAAGUCCUUCUGGAUGUAAAGGAGACUCACCUUACCUGCACUGAUAAAACCAGUCAGCAGCUGUGUCAGCAUCAUUUCCCAGAAAUAUCAUGUGUUGGGAGGUUUGGAAACCAACCUGAUUUAACCAUUUUUGCCUUCUGUGUAUUAGAUACACCACAAACAGAAAGACCAAUAGGUUUCUGUUGUGUGGUCCUUCAGGCUGCUACAAGUAGUGAGUGUGAAGAAAUUGUUAAUCGUAUUGCUGCUGGGUUCAAACAUACAGAAUGGUUUGUGUGAGGAACAUCAUCACUAGUGGAUUGGAGUUGUAGUGGAGUUUUUAAUUUGUUUAAAAAAGUUUCUUGUUUGUGUUAUCAUAUUUGACAUAUGUGACCCUGGACAACAAGUCUAUGGGUCAAUUUUUCAAAAUUGAGAUUUUUACAUAAUCUGAAAGAUGAAUAAAUAAACUUUCUAUUGAUGUAUGAGUUGUUAGAAUAGGACAAUAUCUGACUGAGAUACAACCGUUUAAAACUCUGGAAUCUGAGAGUGCAAAAAAAUCUAAAUAUUGAGAAAAUUGCCUUUGAAGUUGUUAAUCAGGGGCACUGUGGCAGACCAUCCACUCACAAAAAUAAAGUUUUUAUAUAUUUAAGGUAGGAAAUUUACAAAAUAUCUUCAUGGAACAUGAUCUUUACUUAAUAUCCUAAUGAUUUUUGACAUAAAAGAAAAAUCGAUAAUUUUGACCCACACAAUGUAUUUUUGUCUUUUACUAAAAAUGUUCCCGUGCUACUUAAGACUGGUUUUGUGAUCCAGGGUCACAUAUGAAUAUUGUAAAAAAAAACUGUAAUACUCUGUAUCUGUGCAAUGCUAUUUUGGAAGAAAUACAUAAAA